AAAAAAAAUGUUUUCAAAUAUCCUCAAUGUAGACUGUGGCUGUUUUUAAUAUUAACUCUAAAUCCUAGGUCCUUGUACUUGCACAAAGCCCUUCCCCAACAUAAGCUGAGUUAAAAACAAUAUAAAAACCAUCACCGGACAAACCUGGGCAAGAAAUUUUGGACACACACACCGGAUAUUGGCCAAAUCCCGGGGGAAUCAUCACUGAAGAAAUCUAAUUUAAGUUUUUUGGUUCCAUGCGUCAGUUAAUUAUAAAAUUAUAACAGAAAAGCCCUAAAGAUGCCAACAGUUAUACUUUUGGACGUCUCUCUUUCUAUGACAAGGCCAGUGCCAUCAACAGACUCUUCAGAAAACCACAACAGGCUUACCAUUUCGGCGACCGCUAUAAGCGCCUUCUUAGAUUAUCUCAGUAUCCAUGCAAAAUUGGAAUAUGUGGCCCUGGUAUGCUUUUCAUCUGCUUACGAAGUGUCUGUUCCCUUCACCCGAGAUUAUGAUAGUAUUAAAAGUAAGUUGACACAGCUUGAAGAAGGUGACAAAACGUGCAUAGAAGCAGCACUGAUGGGUGUAAAUCAUUUAAUUUUGAAUGAAUGGGGAUCUCAAACUCCAGUACAAAUUAUAUUGGUUACUGAUGGUAGCUGCGGGACAGGUCCUAUUGGCAGAAAUCGUAUUAUGCAAGCACUGCCUCUUCCACCAUCUUAUCCAGCUAAAAUACAUGUAUUGCCAGUUGUGUCACCUGCAGACUCCUGUCUGCAACAUGCAAUGCCACUCUACCAGAAGAUAGUUGAUAUGGCCGUAAACCCAUCCAACAACACCAAUGGAACAAUUUCUAGGGGAGCUAUUUUCUGUCCAGAUCAACUCACAGUGCCAGGUGUGAUAGCAUCAAUGAAUAGACUCUGUGAACAACAUUAUCAAGAAUUUUGGUGCUCACUCAAAUGUGGCCAGUUGGAAGCUCGAGUGCAACUGUUCCCAGCGCCACAAACAAUAGCUCAUGAAGGCCUAGCUACCACUCAUACACUGACGCACCAGUUGCAUGUUGUGGGUUUUAUUAGCCAGCAAGAACUAGGUACACCUAUUGCCAUCAGUAAACAUCUAGUUAUACCACAAGCUCAAGUGGGUGGAAACAACACAAAUAGAGAGAACUAUGGAUCAAAAACACCUACAAAGGAGGGUUCAGGCACAGAUAGUUCAGCUACGGAAGAAGAUAUGUCUGACCCCAGUAAAGUGCCCAAUUUCUGCGUUUUACUUCAUGGUGCUUUAAAAGUGGAAAGUAUGUCUGCGAUCGUUCAGCUUGGGGCUGAUUGGUGGGGCACUUUGUCCGCGUGGUGCGAGGCGUCGAGAGCGCGUCGCUCCUGCCUUCUGUUGAGCGUACUGAGGCCUGGAGUCACGGCUGCACCCUGGCUCGGACCGCUGGACCAACUGGGGCCGACUGAAGACAACACGUCUACUGAAACAUUUCCAAUUCGAUCAUGGCGUUCAUACAGCGGUGGGGGGUCUGGCUGCGCCUGGGCGAGGCCGCAUGCGCUUCUUGCUGACGUACAGAAGGUUCUCAGACACGCGAGAAAACUGCCCGACAAAACGCAACAUUUGUAUAAGGAGUUGAACCGCCUCAGACGCGCAGCCAUAUCGCUCGGCUUCUCAGAGCUGCUGUCCUGCGUGGGCAGUGCCUUAGAGCGUGAAUGUGCCGCGUUGCCUUCGUCAGCGCCACCAGAAUGCGCGUUACAAUUGGCCCACGCAGCCGCCGCCCUACGCGACCCUAGAACUGUCCUCGACAUUAAACACACCCUCCAACCGCUGGCUACUAACUUCACAGUCACUUCGAUGUCACAUUAACAUAAAAAAUUAAAAUUAUAAGUUUCAAUGUGAAGUGUUUUUGUGCAUUAUAUAAUAAGGGUCUCUUUAUAUGCACGUGUAGCAGCAAUGAUAUUGAAAUAAUAAACAAAAUUACUUUGUCUAUACACAUAAUAAAAUGGUAGGAAAGUCAAAACUGUAAUUGAAUAUUUUUUUUAAAGAAUACUUGGGGUGUGAUCUACAAUUGAUAUCGAAGCUAAAAAUAUAGUUUUUAGAAUAUUUGUCUGUUUGUCUGUAUGUAUGUCCAGGAUAAACUAAAAAAGUACUGCAUGGAUUCACUUAAAAUUUGUCACGAAUAUUAUUAAGAAGUUGGGUCAAGAUAUAUUAUACAUCUUAUUACGAAACUCCACCCCUAAGGGGGUAAUACGGGGAUUGGAAGUUUGUAUGAAAGUCCUAUGUUUUUAUAGUAAGAGACUUGAAAUUUAACAUGUAUGCUCUAUACAUCUUUAGAAAUCACGCCCUUUUGAGAUCAAAAAGUAUAUGCAAAUAACUAACUCCACGCGUACGAAGUCGCGGGCGGCCGCUAGUAUAGAAUACAUUGAUAAACCUUGACUUUUCAGAGUUUUUUUUUUGUAGAAAGCACUGUUUAGUCUGUAGUUUAAAAUUUAAGUUUACCUGCUAAGGGCCUGCGCUGCGUUAAUGUGCUCCCGUUUAACGCAGCGCACGCCCCUAAAACUAUAUGCUGAACCGCGCUUUAAACAUAAAAAAUCUGAAGAGCAAAAUGCUCUAGGUAAAAAAUAGAUGACGUGACGAGUGCGCCCUUGACCCUACAACUGGCCCAUGCAGACGUCAGGCCUCCGCCAUCCCUAGCUAAAACACUUAAUCAAUAUAGUUUAUUGGUUAAACAAAAAUUAUGAAAAACAAUUUGUUGCUCAAUAUAACAAUUGCGUAAUGACAUCAAUUGAAUGGCAAUUCUUAAAAUGUAAUAAUAAAUAAUGGCUAAGUAAAAAAAAUAUUGGGAGCGCACAUUGUACAAAUAAUUUACCUAGUUCUUGCUGGCUAAUAAAACAGUCACCAUAAAUCAAAUGAUACCUCGCAUGUCACGUCGUUCAGACUGUAGGCUGUAGGGCAUAGAGAAAAGUAAUACACUGGAAACUGUAGGGAGUGCCAAAGAAACGGACAUACAUACAUACUUAUAUACACUCAAAAAACAUUACUCUCCGCAGUCGAGUAAACAUAAUAUUACGCCAUCUUGGAUCUUAAAAUUAUUGUCGCAAUCGUAAUCAGCACUAUGAACUUUAUGAAGGUUAGAGAGAGGGAGAACGAUCGCUACGUACUAAAGCAUUAGCCCGCCUGACCCUGAAAAUUUGUAGAAUUUAUAGUUCAUUUUUCAGCCACCAGUCGCGCUGCCGUCGGUAAGUAGUAUCUGUGGAGUUAUCUGUAUAUGAGUACAAGUAGAUAAAGUUAGUUGAAUAUUGUACAAAUUUUCUUCGCGGCAUUGGCCAUUUCAAAUUAGCCCGCUUUUAUUGAGACAACUUAGCGAUCGCAGCGACUCACUUAUUUUUUCCAUAUUUCUAGGACACUAUUUUCUACAGCGAUCGUUUUCCUUAUCUCUAACCUCCAUGAUCAGCACUCUCGAAAACUAUGAAUACAAUACACAUUUUAUUUUAGGUCUAAUUAAAAAAGGCAAUAGGCUAAUUGACUCUUUUUGGAAAACGGUUUUAAAUGGUUAAUAAAUGUUCUAUUAGAUCGAAAAAAAAUGUAUUGUAUUUUUUUGAGACCUAGAAAGCUACAAAUCUUUAAUUUUAAAAUAGACUUUUCAUGGACAUACAAAAACGCUGUCGGCUAUUUUAGUCUAUAGAUAUCUAUGUUAGUUAUGACGCCGACGGUAGUAAACAAAAACUCCUAAGCACGUAGAAAAUAACCUAUCAAAGUUUAUAAUAAAAAAAACAUGAUUUCUAAUAAAUACCACGAAAAAUAUAGCAAUUAUCAUUAUUGUAUUGUACGAGAAUGUAAAAACACAUCUUUGAAGACUCCAGGAAAUUUGUGGAUUAAAGUGCCGAAUAAAUUAACCUACGCAAUACCUGGUUACAACUGCAACUUUAUCGACUCAUAGUAAAAUUUAUUUUUGCGAAGAUCACUUUGAUGUAAGUACUCAUUGAAUAAUAUUUUAAGUCCCUUCAUUUAGUAUCAGUUUUAAUAAUACAAGUUUUAAAGUUAUGAAGACGUCACAAUCAUGGCGGAUGUGGCGAACAGCGUUUUUAGUGUUUAAAAAGUAUAGACUAAAAAUUAUUUUUUUAAAUUUAAUUUCUACAACAAUCUUCUGCUUUUAUGAAGUGAAAUCGAUAUAUUUAGGUUCCUUAGACCAAAUACUUUAAGAAAUAAACAUUUCUUUAAUACAAUUCGACAUGAGUCAACUAGUCUAUGGGUACGGCCAGAGUGCACUCAGAUUCAGACUCAGAAAACAAGCGCGAGAAAUAAACAGUGUAGUUUAAGCAGGGUGGCCAUAGUGGCAGCAGGCAACCUGCUUAAACUACACUGUAUAUUUCUCGCGCUUGUUUUCUGAGUCUAAAUCUGAGUGCACUCUGGUCGAACCAUGAAGGUGUAUAAAAGGUGGAGGGAUUACUUACAAGUAGUACCUUGAAGCAAAAAAAUAUGACCUUGAAUGACGUCACGUAUGUUUCUUGUCUCUUUCUAUAAGGUGACCAUGUCGGUCGGAACUUGUGUACAGGACAAAGUGCGCAAUGGUGUUGAUAUUGCGCACCUUGUAUUAGCUUGCUACAUAUUAGUAAUCUGUGUUGUAUUAUCACGAGUUGCCAAUGAUUAAAGAUUGCGAGUUGCUCAUUCCCAUUAUGUUUCCUCUGUGGAUUUUCACACACUACGGUCCUGCGCUUUCCGCAUCCAGUGAAAAUUCCAUCCAUUUUAUUCCUAUAAUGUUUUUAUUAAAUUUCACUUGGAUAGACCGUAGUUACUAAUGCAUAAAGACAUUCCAAAUGAUUUGUAUAUUGUCUUCAUAUUUAUUGUAAAGAAUUUAAUAAUGUCUUUGUUACCAAAACCAUAUGUGUACUAAGUAGUGAUGAAGUUUCAGUUAGUCGGCCACGACGCCUGAAUACCACGCCUAGCAUUCAUGAAAGUAGAAGGAAACUUUAUGAACUACUACCGGUGUUCUGGGCCCGAGCUCUGGGCCGGUAAAAAACGACACCUUGUAUACAGGGUGUAAAAAAACCGAUUACGAAGUUGAAGGCCAGGUAUUUACCACAUCAGGACGAUCAUUUUUUUCUUCUGGACCAUACCUGGGAAAUUUAUGGUUAUGGAGAUAUUGAAGGUCAAAGCCAAAAUAUUUUUUUCAAGAUAUAUACAUUAAUAUUUUCAAAACGUUAUUUAGAAACUUUUUUAUCGACGCACUUACACAUACGCACACACAUACACAUUCUUUGCGUAGCGCCACAGUAGCGCGCCGCGCUAUACAUUACGUACUGGAA